UCGCUGUAAAUCACAACUAUAUAGGCCUAUACGUAAAUGCAGGUCGCUUGUUAAAUUAUCUCUCACUGAUUUUUCGAGGGGACUUCAAUAUACUUUAGGCUUGUCACACUAUACUCUUGGGAAGGUCUCGAAAAUUUGCUGGUUAGCCACAGCUACUAAAAUUUCCAAUUAAGAUAUCGAGCCGUCAACGAUGUUGAAAGUUCUUCUUCUCACGUCUGUGUACAUGGUGUGCACCAUCUCCAUGGCCUGGGGAUGCGUGUCUGGAGCGGGUCCAUCGUGGGAGAUAAGCCAGGGAGGACGAGGCAGUGGGAGAGGCAGGCCGGGUGUCAUCGGCCCCGAGAGACCAAGAGUCCCUAUCGACAUUUUGAGGUACUUCGCUGGAAAUAUAACCAAGGAAUUAGCAUUUGCAAGCAUUGAUCUUGACGGUAACGGUCUUGUGACGCUGGACGAGUGGGUUGCGGCAGACGGAGCCUUGACAGAAUUAAAUAAUCUGCUUAUUCGCCUCGACACAGACGGUGACAACCGCAUCUCUCUGGACGAACUCCAGCCCUUCAACCUACCAAGCAGAUCGGAUAGCGAGGCCGUGCCUCGUCUGCUCGCCUUCCAAGGCGUUCCUGAUGAAGAAGCGACUCUCGGAGCCACGACACCACCAUCUCGACGACGACGACGGAUUAAUCGGAGGCGGAAGGGACGACGUGGUCGAUUGGGAGCAAGAGCAACACCAUAAAUUCCAUCGACCAACGUAAACGACAUCGGCUUGUGUAGGAUUACAGGGGCACUGAUGAAAAUGGAGGGUCACUGGUUUUUAAGAAGGGAAAUUAGAGAGGUUCGAGGGGUGAAUUUUUUUUCUUCAUAUUAUGGUAGAUUAACACUUUUAACAUGCUCCAUUAUCCUGGACUCAACAUUUUUGAGGAGGCGAGAUGGCUCAUCGGUAAAGUAGUGGUCUCGAGACCGGAAUUCGGGUGCCGGGUUCGAAACCAAGUCGAUGCGCUAAUUCCCUUUGGUAAGGCGUUAAUCCACAUUACCGAGUCGCUGUCGGUCCCCUGGUUAACUACUUUUUUUAAAAGCAUACACAUGUUUUCUUAGCAAUCAGGUACAACAAACAAAAAGUAACCACCCUAAGUAAACCAAACCAAUUCACCCCUCAGUGUUGAAUCAAUCACAUUUACCGUGUUAACCUACCAUUUUAAUGUUUUCGUUGCUCGGGUCUUUUAAAUGUUGAUUUAAAUAGUUUUUGGAGUGUAAAAGCGGCUGAUAUAUUUUACGCAGAAGAUUCCUCCCAAAGUUGCCGAGAAAUGCACGAGGAAAAUUAAACCGUAAAAAUGCGAGCGUGUCUAAGUUUGUACACUCUGCGUUUAAUACUACAUCAUCAAUUUUAUAUGAUGAAUCUUUAGGCUAGAUUUGAUCGUAUCUACAUGACUGAUUUAUAAAUCUGAGUGUGCAUGAACAUUAUGUUUCGGAUCAUGCAUUUAUAGAUACUUCCAUCUGUCAAAUACUCUCUUUUUUCAAUUAUACAUAAACCUGUAAAAAGGAUAAACAUUACAUAAAUAUCAACCGUACUGUGAUAUUAUUCACUCGCCUUGAUAGACAUUGAGACUUAUUUCAUUGCAUCUCGAAAUCUAUAUAGCCUAUCUUUUGUUUCUGGAUCCGAUAUAACCGUACUUAAUUCGCUCUGCGCCAUGUUGAUGAGACCUUCUUUGUAAUCCAAAUUUUAGAAAAGGAAGACAAAAUCCACCUGCAUUGUAUAUAAUUUAUGUACAUAAUUUAUUCGCCACAUUAGUAUUAAGUGUUUUCUCUUUAUUCCUUGAUUGAAUAUGGGGGGGGGGGGAUCAAUCACGAAGACCUGAAUUUGAAGAACAAAAAUCAACCUAAGGCACUGUCGAUUCCUUUCCCCAUUCACCUAUCAAAGUAAUUUCUUUAGGAUGCGCAAUAAGGGCCUGAUAUCCCCCCCUGAGUUGAUUUCUCGAAAGUCUUCGUGAUCGACUCAUAAAGUAAGUGUUUAUCACGGCCAUUACGUUUUAGUGAAAUUGAGUUGAGAAUAAAAUAAGAGGAUCUAUUUAUUUUAGUCAAACUUUGCCAAGAUAAAGUGUUAAAAGUGAUUUGGAUACAACCAAUUUCUUCUGGAUAUGAUUAAUGUGAUUUAUA